AAAUUUGAAGGCUUAAACAUUACAGAGCAACAAAGAAGCACCGGAGCAGAGAUCUUCGUCUUUAUUCUUUGUACAAUCGCAAUUGCUCGAAGACAAUUCAUUGAAUCCAACUUCGAGCUACCGAGCCAAUCAACCAGUGAAAGUAUCACUUCAUAUAGGGCGAGGUUUUGCUAUUCCAUGUUAGGCCACUCGGAAAAUAAGAAUGGAAAGGGGCAUGGUUGUUGACCACUGAGGAAUUCUCUAACUCCUUUCUAUUAACGGGCGCUCAGUGAACGCACAUUUUCGAAAUUUACUCGGAGUUCAAAUUCUUAACAGAUUUGAACUAAUCCGAUAGGCGAAUCCGAUUUCGUCCACUUCCGAGAGCCAUUUUUUCCCGUCAUCGCUGUUUUAUUUUAUUUUUUACUACAUUUAGCAUUCGAAUCAGGAGAAGAUGCUGCGUCUGAAAGCGUUUCGGCCUACGAGCGACAAAAUCGUUAAGAUCCAAUUGCAUCCGACGCAUCCAUGGAUGGUUACGGCCGAUGAUUCAGAUCGAGUUUCGGUUUGGAACUGGGAGCACCGCCAGGUGGUGUAUGAGUUGAAAGCUGGUGGAGUGGACGAGCGGCGUUUGGUCGGCGCCAAGUUGGAGAAGCUGGCCGAGGGAGAAAUAGAGUCUAAAGGGAAGCCUACCGAAGCCAUUCGGGGAGGAAGUGUUAAGCAGGUGAAUUUUUAUGAUGAUGAUGUACGCUUUUGGCAACUUUGGCAUAAUCGUUCUGCGGCUGCUGAGGCUCCAACAGCUGUCCACACUUCAGCUUUUAGCUCUCCUGCCCCAUCAACAAGAGGGAGACAUUUUCUUGUCAUAUGUUGUUUAAACAAAGCUAUAUUUUUGGACUUGGUGACAAUGCGGAGCCGUGAUGUACCAAAGCAAGAGCUUGAUAACAAGUCCCUUCUGUGCAUGGAGUUCCUUUAUAGAACUGGUGUUGGUGAUGGUCCUCUUGUUGCUUUUGGUUCAUCAGAUGGUGUCAUUAGAGUUCUCUCAAUGAUGACAUGGAAGCUUGUGCGAAGAUACACCGGAGGUCAUAAAGGAUCGAUCUCUUGUUUGAUGUCCUUCAUGGCUGCUUCUGGCGAGGCUCUUCUGGUGUCGGGUGCUAGUGAUGGAUUGCUCAUAAUUUGGAGUGCUGACCACGGACAGGAUUCACGUGAACUUGUACCCAAGCUUAGUUUAAAAGCACAUGAUGGCGGGGUUGUGGCAGUUGAGUUGUCAAGGGUAAUGGGAGGUGCUCCUCAGCUAAUCACAAUUGGUGCAGAUAAGACAUUAGCCAUAUGGGACACUGUGUCCUUUAAGGAGCUACGGCGGAUAAAGCCAGUUCCCAAAUUGGCUUGCCAUAGUGUGGCUUCUUGGUGCCAUCCUCGAGCUCCAAACCUUGAUAUUCUAACCUGUGUCAAAGAUUCUCACAUAUGGGCAAUCGAACAUCCCACUUAUUCUGCUCUCACGAGGCCAUUGUGUGAAUUGACCUCAGUUAUUCCUCCACAGGCCCUUUCUCCUAAUAAGAAAUUGAGGGUGUAUUGUAUGGUUACACAUAAUUUGCAGCCACAUCUAGUUGCUACAGGAACCAACAUUGGUGUUAUUAUCUGUGAGUUUGAUGCUAGAUCUCUUCCACCUGUAGCUCCUCUACCAACUCCAGCAGACAGUAGAGAGCAUUCUGCCGUAUUUGUAAUUGAAAGGGAAUUGAAGCUAUUAAAUUUUCAGUUAAACAACUCUGCAAAUCCAUCUCUUGGAAAUAACAGCUCCUUGCCAGAAACAGGAAGACCCAAGGGAGACUUUUUUGAACCAUUAUCUGUCAAGCAGGGGAAGAAGCACAUUAGUACUCCUGUUCCACAUGAUUCGUACUCUGUUCUUUCUGUCAGCAGUUCAGGAAAGUAUCUAGCAAUUGUUUGGCCAGAUAUUCCUUAUUUCUCUGUCUACAAGGUUAGUGAUUGGUCAAUAGUUGACUCUGGAAGUGCAAGGCUUCUGGCAUGGGAUACUUGUCGUGACAGAUUUGCUAUAUUGGAAUCAGCAUUACCUCCUAGAAUUCCUGUAAUCCCCAAGGGUAGUUCAUCAAAAAGAGCCAAAGAAGCUGCUGCGGCACAAGCAGCAGCAGCAGCAGCAGCUGCUGCUGCUUCCACAGCUUCUGUUCAAGUCCGCAUCUUAUUAGAUGAUGGUACAUCAAAUAUACUAAUGAGGUCUGUUGGCGCACGCAAUGAACCAGUCAUUGGUUUGCGUGGAGGAGCUCUGCUUGGUGUUGCCUAUCGAACAUCUAGGAGAGUCAGUCCUAUUGCUGCCACAGCUAUUUCAACAAUCCAGUCUAUGCCCUUAUCAGGCUACGGAAGCAGUGGUCUUUCUUCUUUUACUACUUAUGAUGAUGGAUUUUCUUCAAAUAGACCUCCAACCACAGCAGCACCUCAAAACUUCCAGCUAUACAGUUGGGAGACAUUCCAGCCAGUGGGGGACCUUCUUCCUCAGCCAGAAUGGACUGCUUGGGACCAAACCGUUGAGUACUGUGCAUUUGCAUACCAGCAAUACAUAGUCAUAUCUUCUUUGCGCCCUCAAUAUAGAUAUUUGGGAGAUGUUGCAAUCCCAUAUGCUACCAGUGCUGUUUGGCACAGGAGGCAACUGUUUGUGGCUACCCCAACUACUAUCGAAAUCGUUUUUGUGGAUGCUGGGGUUGCUCAAAUUGACAUUGAAACUAAGAGGAUGAAAGAAGAGCAGAAAAUGAAAGAAGCACAGGCAAAAGCUGUUGCAGAGCACGGAGAGUUAGCACUAAUUACUGUAGAAGGUCCUCAGUCUGCUAAGGAAGAAAGAAUAGCAUUGAGGCCACCGAUGUUGCAGGUGGUUCGGUUGGCUUCAUUUCAGCAUGCUCCUUCAGUGCCACCUUUCUUAACAUUACCGAAACAAUCUAGAGUUGAUGGUGAUGACUCUUGGUCGGCAACAGAAGAGAGAAAGACAGGUGAGGUGGCAGUUGGUGGUGGGGGUGUGGCUGUGGCAGUUACCCGCUUCCCAAUGGAGCAGAAACGUCCAGUUGGGCCUCUUGUAGUUGUAGGUGUCAGGGAUGGAGUUCUUUGGCUAAUUGACAGGUACAUGUGUGCUCAUGCCUUAUCCUUGAGUCAUCCUGGUAUUCGCUGCCGAUGCCUUGCAGCUUACGGAGAUGCUGUUAGUGCAGUAAAAUGGGCAAGUAGACUUGGAAGAGAACACCAUGAUGAUUUAGCACAAUUUAUGCUAGGAAUGGGCUAUGCUACUGAAGCACUUCAUCUGCCUGGAAUAUCAAAGAGGUUGGAGUUUGAUUUGGCAAUGAAGAGCAAUGAUUUGAAAAGAGCUCUUCAUUGUCUUCUUACCAUGAGUAACAGCCGGGAUAUAGGACAAGAUGAUACUCCUGGUCUUGGUUUGAAUGACAUUCUUAAUUUAUCAGAUAAAAAACCAGAGAAAAUAUCAGAUAAAAAAAAAGAUAUGGUUGAAGGUUUUCAGGGUAUAGUGAAAUUCGCGAAAGAGUUCUUGGAUCUUAUUGACGCUGCAGAUGCUACUGCACAGAGUGAAAUUGCUCGUGAGGCUCUUAAGAGGUUAGCUGCAGCAGGUUCAGUGAAAGGUGCUUUAGAAGGUCAUGAAUUGAGAGGAUUAGCAUUACGUCUUGCAAAUCAUGGAGAGUUGACUCGUCUAAGUGGUUUGGUUAACAAUUUAGUCACGCUUGGCUUGGGAAGGGAAGCAGCAUUUGCUGGUGCUGUUUUGGGUGACAAUGCUCUGAUGGAGAAAGCAUGGCAGGAUACUGGAAUGUUGGCAGAGGCUGUGCUUCAUGCUCAUGCACAUGGACGUCCAACUUUGAAGAACUUAGUGCAGGCUUGGAACCAAGCGUUACAGAGAGAGGUUGAACCUACCCCAUCCCAGAAGACAGAUGCUGCAGCUGCGUUUUUAGCUUCUCUUGAGGAGCCUAAGCUCACAAGUUUGGCAGAUGCUGGGAAGAAACCACCUAUUGAAAUCCUGCCUCCGGGGAUGAUGUCUCUUAAUGCUCCUAUUUCCAUCCAGAAAAAACCAGCUUCUUCUGCACAGAAUUCCCAACAACCCCCAGACAAGCCAUUGGCACUGGAAGCACCUCCUACAACCACAGCUGCACCAGAGAGUGCUACUCAGCAGCCUGAAUCCACACCAGCAUCAGUUAAUGAGCCAACUCCAUCAGAGUCUACCUCAGAGUCCACGCCAGCUCCUGUAGCUGCUCCACCUCAACCAGAAUCAGGUGAAACCACCGUAGAUAAUGGGGUUCCUACCCCUGGACCAGCUAGUGACGGAGGUCCAAAUGUUAAUGGUGAAACUGGUCAAGCAGAAACGUCUACUGCCAAUCCAGUACUUCCAGAGGUUCCCCCACCUCCAGUAGCAGCAGAGGUUUCGGAGACUUCUACUCCAAGUAUAACUGCAGUUCCUACAACAACUACAGUUCCGGCAAAUGAUCCCUUUAUAUGAUCGGUAUACCCACCGCUUGAAAAAUGAAUUCAUUUAUAAUUCAUGUUUUGUAAAGAAAUCGUUUUACAGAUGAAGGAAAUCUAGUAUAUUAGUUUGUAACAAGCCUAAACUCCAAAGCUAAAUUGUACCGAGCAGCUGUGUUUCCCUUUUACCUAAUUUUUUUUGUAGAGAAUGGUACCGAGCUGCGAUGUUGUCUCAUAUUGCUGUGAUUGUGACAUGUCGAGGGUUUUCUUUUCAUUUUGUUUUGAAUUUUUUGUUGACUGAAUUUAAAUUUUUGCUGUUUUAUAAUUUACAAGUUGAAUGUCAACCUGUCUAGUUCA